AUGCCACCUUGCUUCUUUCUUAACGACGGCGUUUGGGGUCAACAAGCGGCUGAACGGCAUCAGCCUGGAGCGGCGUUCGCAUGGGAGACGGCCACAUUUGAUUUUGGUGGACAAAAGGGGGAGUUGGCCCUCGCGGUCGAGGGCGGCAACACUACGGAUGAGGUCGCCAGCACUUCAGAUGAAGGCGGUCCGGUCGGUAGCUCGUCUCUGGUUUGA